AUGAAACUCGUUACCUCGAUUCUCCUAGCCUUUGCCGUUUCUGCCCAGGCUUCCUGGUGCAAUGAUGGAUGGGGUUUGCCCGCAAACACUGGAUGUCCCGACUCCUAUCCCCACUCCUUCUGCUGCGGAGACGGUGACGAUGCUAGAUUUCCUCGGGAAAGAACUUGCGCACAGCCUAUAAGGAAUGGACUUUAUGUCCAGGACAGUUGCAGCGGCGGUUUUAUCAAAUGUUGUUAA